GCAAUUUUCGGACGCUGAACGCUUACUGAAAUUGAGCGGCUGUUGCACCCUGAUCAGGGGUUUUUGAUAAAAAUGGAAAACGAUGAAAAACUAGAAACUGUCAAGGAAAUCAAACACUUCUUUUGUGUUUUUAAAUAUCGAAGUGAGCUUGUAACUGUUUGGAAGACAAACUUAGAUGAUGAAAAGAGUAGUCAACUCAAAGCAGCUUUUACACAGAGACAUGAGAAAGGCCAAAUACACUUGGGGAUUGGGACAGUCAUUGUCAUAGAUUUAGGGCAGGAGUGUGGCUGCUAUUAUUACACGUCAGAAGAACAAAAAGACGCAGAACAAACAAAGUUUAUCAUCUGUUUUGUCUCAGAAAAUGAACACGCUCUUGAUUUAUUUCGAGCCGAUUUGGAUAAGUACUGUUCAACAAUGGUACCAAGUUUGGUAACUCUCUCAGCAGACAAUGACAUUCCUGACAACACAGUUACCUCCCUUACCAACUGGCAUGUCAUGGCAGUGGAAUACAUGGUUCGGUGUAAGCAAGCCAUCAGGGAGAACCUCAAGUACCUUAUUCAUGCAGCCUUAAUGGACAAAAAGAUUUUGUUAUCGGGUGGUACAGAAGAACUGCAGUCAGACAUUAAAAAAUUCUAUGCAGCGUGCAGCCUCUCUGACAUCCUGAACCAGUUACGUGAGUCAAGACUACGCUCGGAGACUGGGUCACCAUCUGGUAGUGUGGACAUGUUAUUGGACCUAGACAGUGGUCAGUCAGACCUGCCGGAUACACUGACCAUCAGCAUUACUGCAGACUCAUUGAAAUUGGAUUCAAGCGGAUGUAACAAAUUCUGCGAGGAGUGGGCCAACACCAUGUCAAGACCAGAGUUCAGUGAAAAUCCCCUCAGGUUGAAACAAGUUAUAGAGGCUUUCAAAUUAAAGUUUACCCAGGCAAUGAACACCCUCAAAAGACUACUGAAAGAAGCUGUGAAUGACUACUAUGCUUUGUACAGGUCGUAUGUGUUCCUCCGUGACUCAGGAAACAGCGAAGUGUUGCUGCACUAUGUGACGACAGAGGCCGUAGCGGACACUGCAGCCGUCAUGGUGGUUCUCCAAGACUUUAUUCAGGAGCAGAAUGCUUUUUAGUUGCCAAGGUCUUCAGUUUGGGAGCCCUGUAGAAUUUAGUUUUUGUGGUGAUAAGUGUUGAAUUUUAUUUUGCGGACAAGAUGAGCAGGCAUCUUUUUAGUCCUGAAAUGGCAAUAGGCAUGAUUUUGAAAUACUUUUGCAAUAUUUUUAGCACUUAUUAAUUAAUAAAUGUGUGAUUUCAUGGUUGAAAUCUAUGAACAGUAUCUUUCAAGUUCGUAUUUUUUAGUAACAAUGAUAUUUAUAUUUGAAAAUUCAAUGAAUGACUGAAUGAAUUUGAGACAAGAACAUUAAAUCAAACUGAUUUACUUAAUCGCACAAUAUUUUGUUAUACAUCCGUUGAAGAAAUGGUCCCAUCAUAUGUAUGUGUCCUCUGUAACUGUUAUAAUUGUUCCAUUUACUAACAUGCUGUAAUGUUCAAAGCAUCUACACGAUCUCUGGUUUUAACUGAACUUUUGCAUUAAAAACAGUGAGAAGUCUACCAUAUAUUGGUAUAUAUGACAUUGAAAACAAUUUCAAGAGAGGUCGUAGCCAUUUACAACUGCAUUUCUCAUACUUGAACUAUUCUUUAGGGGAAAUUCAGAGGUUUUAGUCUGUUACCAUCCCCAUAUGGCAGUCUCGCGAUUAUUAUAGAAAAUUGUCUAUUUUGGGGAGGAAUUUUUUUCACAUAACAUUUUGAUUUUGUUUUUUUCCAUUUAUUAUUGGGCUGCCAAUUUUCCUCUUUUUAGCUAAUUUCCUCUCUUUUGGCCACAAAAUUUCAAAACUAAAUUGUUGCUUUUUAUCUGAUCUAUACAAAAAAUUGUGUUUUGCAUAUAGUGUGAUAGGGAUACUCUUAUUUCAUACUAGUUUCCUUUUUUUUUACAAAUUUCUGUUGGCAUCCCUGUUUAUAGUUAUUGACAGCUAUUUUUAACUUCUAUAUUCAUAAUGUUAAGGCUGAUGAUUACAUACACCUCAGACAAAAUCAAGAUUAUCAAGAUCCAUUGAAACUUGCUUGGCUUUUAUACCUGGUUUUCAUUUUAAGGCUGUAUCCAUUUUCCCAAAAUUUGACUCAUCAAAUAAAUCGAGAUUCUGUUUAUUUGUGCAUUUUAUAUACAUAUUUCAUUUAUUUAAAAUUUUGAUCAAGUGCAAUAAAGGUUGUGUAAUGUCACGGACAUUGCGAUGGUUUAUAUGUCUGUGGAAAUGUGUAUAUAUAUCAUAAAUAUGUUUGUUAACUUAUUAAUUUUUAUUUGAUUAAAAAUAAAUUUCAUUGACUAUUGAUGGCAAUGAGCUUAUUAAAAUGUUAAUUCUUAA